AUGGAGUCGCCGGUCGAAAUGCUGGCCGCGCUACCCGCGCUGGUCACGGCGCUAGCGCUGCUGCUCGCCUGGCUGCUGCUGCGUCGUGGGGCGGCCCCGGUCCCGGAGAGCACCGCCCCGGCCGAGGCCCCCGGGGCUCCUGCGCCGCCUGAGCCUUCUGAGCCCUGCGCCCCGGAGCCAGCACCCACGGGACCGUGCCAGUCCGAGCGCGUGGCGGAGCCGGGGGAGCCCGAGGCGGAGGAACCAGCGGCCGAGGAGAGACAGGAUGAAGACUCAGACAGUGAGAUGGGGCCACCCACUGAAGAACCCGAGGAAGAAGAUGGGUCAGCCUUCUCCUUUAAGUACAGCCCUGGGCAGCUGAGGGGAAGCCAGUACAAGAAGAUGAUGACCAAAGAAGAAUUGGAGGAGGAACAGAGAGUUCAGAAAGAACAGCUGGCUGCCAUCUUCAAGCUCAUGAAGGACAACAAGGACACGUUUGGUGAGAUGUCGGAUGGGGACGUGCAGGAACAACUCCGACUCUAUGACAUGUAGGCCCGUCACCCGGCAAGACGUGACCCAGGACAUCCUGACAACCCUGAGAGACUUGGUCUGGGCAGUUGUGACUCCCAGAAUUUAUUUGAAAGACAGUCUUACAAAAAAAACAGACAGACAGACAGACCUGUGUUAUCUAAGGAUCUUCUUGGUCCCUGCAAUUUAAAUAUCGUGUUAUCUGCGUUAAUUUCUUCAGAUGAGGAAACCCCUGAUCCCUCUGGCUUCAGGUUGCUGGUGAGGGUCCAGCUGUGCCGUGUUCUACAGACUCAGGGCGGGUGGGCCAGGAUAGGUGAUGGGGGCUUGGUGCUUGGAACCUAAGUACUCAGUGUAGACAAAAUAUGGGGUGCUAUAGGGUGAUAGGCAUUAUUUAGUAACACCACACUCUUCAUUCUGCCCUAGGGGUAUUUCUGGAAGCAUCUGGGCCUGGUGGCUGAAGUAAGCAGCAGGGGAGUAAUAUUUUAGUAAAAGUCUGAGUGAAAGGCUCAGACGUCACCCUGGGGCAGAACAGUGGCUCACUGCUGAAGCUUGUCUUCGGUACAGUCACACCUUGAGCCUGUUUGGCACACAGAGGAUUAUGCUGGACACACAGCAGGAGCUCUGGGUAGGGCAUGUGUGUCCUAAGUUCAAGGCCCCUGAGUUCCAUUCCCAGCACUAGACACCCUCCUCCCCACACCCCACCCCAACUCCAAAAGAACAGACAACGUGACCAUUAUCUUUGGUGAGACUAACAGCCUUCAGAGAGUGAGAAACUACCAGAAAGCAUUCAAAAAAGUGCCCCAGUGUCCUCUAGAAUAAGUGCCGAGGUAGAACACUCAGUGACGGUGGGGGUGGGGACCACAGCAACUCCUUCAAGCCCACAUCUCCUAUCUAUUGUCACCCCAUUUGCCAGAAAGUUCAUAGCCUGAGCAGACUGAAUCAAGGGUAUCCUAAGGACAGAAGGAGGAAAGUUUUUUUUGUCUUUGUUUUUCCAUAAAGGGUUUGUUUUUCUGUGUAGCCCUGGCUGUCCUGGAACUCACACUGUAGACCAGGCUGGAUCACAGAGAUCCACCUGCCUCUGCCUCCGAAGUUCUGGGAUUAAAAGCUUUGGGCCACCACCGCCCGGCUAGUAGGAAAGCUCUUAAGGUCUGGUUUUAUUUGCUAAAAUAAAACUAAAUCGAUAUAGAGACACAGCUCAAAGCAUGGA